AUGUUAAUGAGGAGAUUUGUUGGGUUUGGAAGCUCUGAAGCAGUCUGGAAGUUUGCUCUGAAGCCUUCCAUGGAGAGUGGCAGAUCUGGUGCAUGCAGCAUGCUAGUCACUCUGCUCUACGGACUCGAGCCUUACAUGGGUGCUACAGAGGAGAGCAGUUUUCUUCAGGACAUGCUAAUGGUCAACUCUCUGCAUGUACUCAUCAAGCUCCAUGAGACGUUACAGAGGUUUGGAAGGCAGAAACCAGCACCAGUCCAGGAACACACUGAACAACUGGCGCGGGAGGUAAUGAAGGAGCUACAUACUUUAGAGGCCAGACCUGAGAUUGCAGAGUUGAAGUACGUGCUUUCUAAACCCCAUGUUCAGGAUCUUCUCUCAGUGCAUGAUGUCGUCGCUCAGAAAGAUUAUGAGCCCAAACUUCCAUCGAUGGAAGCUGAGGAUGAUGAAGGUGAAGAAGACUCAGUUCGGAUUAUUCAGCUCAAGAAAAGCAAAGAACCUCUGGGAGCCACCAUUAAAUGGGACGAGUCGACUGGUGCCAUCGUUGUAGCUCGCAUUAUGAGAGGAGGAGCUGCAGACAGAAGCGGUCUUCUCCAUGAAGGUGAUGAGCUCAGGGAGGUCAACGGAGUUCCAAUGGAAGACAAGAACCCUGAGGAGGUCAUCCCCAUACUGGCACAGUCAGAUGGGGCCGUAACCUUCAAAGUGAUCCCAGGCACCAAAGACGAGCUGGAAGCCGAUGACACCGAGGUCUUCGUCAGGGCGCAGUUUGACUACCAUCCGAAAGAGGACCCUGCUAUUCCGUGUAAAGACGCGGGGUUGGAGUUUGGGAGGGGGGACGUGCUGCAGAUCGUGAAUCAGGAAGACGAUACUUGGUGGCAGGCAAGACGGAUCGGUGCUGAUGCCAACCUUCGAGCUGGACUGAUCCCAUCCAGGCAGCUACAGGAGAGGAGAGUGGCUUUACAGAGGCCCGAGGUGCUGUUUCAGAUGUCGAGAGCGCUGAAGAUGAAGAACGCCGACGAUAAGGAAGAUCAGGCAGAUUACGUCGCAAUACAUGGAAUCCAUAUAGCUGGAUUGAGGAGAAGUUUCCGGCUGAGUAAGAAAGACCGCAGGAGUCAAGAAACGCAAGCAAAAUGGAAGAAGUGUGAAGCCGAUGGAGAGAAUCACAUUUCCAGCUACCAGGAGGUGGUGCCUUAUGUCAGAGAGCCAGGAGAACCGUACCGCCUCGUGCUGCUGGUUGGGCCCAGUGGUGUUGGUUUAACCGAGUUGAAAAGAAAACUUCUGCUCUCGGAUCCUGAGCACUUUGGUGUCGCUGUACCACACACGACCCGUGAGCGUAAGCGACAUGAGAGAGAGGGCAUGGACUAUCAUUUUGUCUCCAAACACGCUUUUGAGAAAGAUAUCCUCGAGCACAAGUUUGUAGAGUACGGAAGACACAGUGGGAACUACUACGGUACCAGCCUGGAUUCGGUCCGCAAGGUUCUAGCGGAGAGCAAGGUGUGCUUGCUGGAUGUGGAGCCCCAUGCUGUAAAGUUGUUGUACACAACAGAAUUCAAACCGUAUGUUACGUUCGUCAAGCCUCCAGCCAUAGAGCAGCUGAGGCUCAGCCGGAGAAAAGCGAAAAUCCUGGCCAGCUGUGAUGAACCAACGCCAACGAGGACGUUUAUGGAGGCGGACUUUGAGGAGAUGAUUAACACUGCGCAGGAUAUGGACGACAAAUACGGCUACUUAUUCGAGAAGAUCAUCAUCAACGACGAUCUGGCCACGGCGUUCACGGAGAUGAGAGCUGAACUGAAGAAGCUUGAAAAGGAAAUCAACUGGAUCCCCAAAAUAUGGGCUUAA